CUUGUUUAACUGCGCUUAGAUGGGAAAAGAGAAACCGAUUAUGAAGGAAAUUCUCAUCACAAUACCUAGUAGAAAUGGAUUAUAAAUGAAAAUUCAGAUCAGCAGGUAACAUUUUCCAUCUGCUGCACGGCUCAGUUUCUUCCCAUCUUUCCUCCAGGAAAAUGUUCGUCUGCCCUUUUCUCUAGCUGGACAGAUGUUCUUUUGUCCUGCACAGAUAAAGUAUUUCUGACAGGCAGGCUUCCUCCUCAGAUGGUAACGCUUGCAUCUGAAAGGAGACAAGUAAGCACGCACCUAAGUGCUUUUCUUUGACGAUAAGGGUCAAACGUUUGAAAUACCACAACUCCACAGCGCUAUUCUGAAGCGUACUUUAAAUUUCUGGCCCCGACCGCGCUUCCAGCUGAGGUGGGAGGGAGCGGGAUGCCAGGGGAAUGAGUUCUUUCUGCCGCUGGCAUGUGGGCUCCGCGUGUGACGUGACCGCCGGCAGGCUCAGGCACCGUGGGGUUUUUCCACCCCUUUUUGCGGGGGUGCGGCGCAGAGGAGGCGGGCGCGGAGGUCUGGGCAGGGCAGGGCGGCGGGAGCCGGCCCGGCUGGCGGCCAGCAUGGGGGCCGGGGCGCUGGCCAUCCGCCAAAGCAAGUCAGCUGUGAGAUUGAAGGAAGACAUGAAAAAGAUAGCCUCACUUCCACUGAACAAGCAGAAGGAUGCAACCCGUCCAAAGGUGUUUGGUGUGAGUCUUCUGGAGCUCCAGCAGCACGGACUGAGCAAGAAUGGCAUUCCAAUAGUUGUGUGGAAUAUAGUUGAGUACCUGACCCAACAUGGUAUGACCCAGGAAGGCCUUUUCAGGGUAAAUGGAAGCAUGAAAACAGUGGAACAGCUGCGUCUGCAAUAUGAACGUGGAGAAGAGGUGGAACUUGUUAAAGAUGGCGAUGUGUACUCAGCAGCCAGUCUUUUGAAAUUGUUUCUGAGAGAGCUGCCAGAUGGGAUUAUCACCUCUGCCUUACAAUCCAAGCUCAUUCAGCUUUACCAAGAUGGUAGAAAUGAAGUGCAGAAGGAAAGAAACUUGAGAGAACUCCUUAAAGAACUGCCUGAUGCUCAUUACUGCCUGUUGAAGUAUCUGUGCCAGUUCCUGAUAAAAGUUGCUGAACAUCAUGUAGAGAACAGGAUGAACCUUUGCAAUCUUGCCACUGUGUUUGGACCGAACUGCUUUCAAGUGCCCUCUGGAUUUGAAGGUAUAAAAGAACAAGAGAUCUGCAACAAGAUAAUGACUAAAAUGCUGGAGAGUUACAAUACCUUGUUUGAACUGGAAGGUUUGAAGAAGGAGGAAGAAAAGCCAGUAUGUGAAGAGCUAGCAAGAAUUAUUUUGGUUAAAGUGGCAAAGUCCACAAGGGAAGGAUCCAGUCGAACACACCUAGUGCCACAACCAGGCUUGUCAGUUGAAACACCUCAGGUCAGCCUCCGAUUAACAGACAGUAGUUCAUGUCUGAAGGAGAUGGAUUUAACAGAUGAAAUCUCCUUUGUUAACAGUGGUGCAUUUUUCUUCAGGUUAGUGCUAUUUUUAUUUUUGGCUCUGUAUUUGUUUCCUUAUUUAUUCUGUAGCUGCAUCUCCAGCUCUGAGAGUUUUGAACAUGUUUUUUUUCCAUUGAUGCACACAAAAUCAGCAUGGUGUGGUGUAAGGCAAAAUAAUACAUGUAUCUCUGUGGAAGCACACAUUCCACUGGGUGUCUGGUGGAUGUAUGCUUUAGUUUGCCUUUCAAAUAUAAAUUUACAUUCAUAUGCAGGUGACCUGAUUAGUGAAGGAGGGUAAGAUCUAUUAAAGUCAGAUACUAGAAAUGGCACUGAGCACAAGAUCCAACCAAAAUGUAGAUGUCUUCUAUCAGCAUUUAAAUGUGUUUGAUCUGCCUAGUUAAAGUCUUAUCAGAAAGCUGAAUUUGUUCCCAUUCUACAUCCAAGAAGGGAAGGGGUUUUAGAGGGACUUAUCUUUCUAACAGGAAUGGCGUUCUAGAUGUACUAGAGUUGUUCAGACAGGACAGAAAAUAGAAAUGUAUCUAUAGAGCAUCUGUAUCUCUCUAAAAAUGUCUUUCAAAGUCCAUGUAAUGUAUCAUGAUUAGUUUUGAUUGCUGAUAUUUUACCAAUGAGGUGAACAGGUGACUGACAGUUAGAUUUCUUGUAAAAUUCUUCCCUGAACAUCAGACUUAACCAGUAUCUUUUCAUCAUUCUCGGGAUAAUGAAUUGAGUAUUUAAUUCCCUUUCCUUUUGUGUCUAGUGUAGAACAUCAAGGAUUCAUGUUACUGUGGGAAAUUGCUGUAUGCCACUGAAAUAUGAGGUUGGCCUAAUGUGGGAAAUAGAGUAUGAACGUGUCAUGAAACAUGACACCCAGUGUCUCUGCAUACCAGGGCAGAACACAAAGCAGUGACAGUGCUGCCAGACACGUAACUGAGUGGCUUCACUGAGUAAGCAGGAGAUAGUGUGCAAUUCUCAGCACUCCACUGUGUGUUGUGAAGUGUAAAGGGAAAUUAAGUACUAGAGGGGUGAAACAAAGGACUGCUGAGUCUCAUGUUUAGGAAAGUAUUGAUGAACAAAGUGAUUCUUGAAGUGUCUCAAAAAAGUGUGAUUCUUGUAGUUGAAUGUUCCCCAAUGGAGGUUGUUCAUUGUAAGAAUUCAUACUUUCCUGUCAGAUAUUCCUCCUUAGAAGAGUACUGCGAAGUUGGGGAUAGUUGGACUGAUGUUGGCACAGGACGUCAACUACCAAAUGAAAUGUCUUUUAAGUAGGCAAAAGCUGACAGUUUCUGUGCUCAGUCCUCAGAAUGAAAGAUGUCUGGAUCUCUAAUCCUACCUGGGAGAUCAAUAAGGUGUAGAAAGUAAUUUCUUGUAAUUCCACAUUGUUCAAGGACACUGUAGUUUUCUGUCCCAUAUCACAGUUGUGUGUUUAUCUAACUGGGUUGAGUUGGCAUCUGCACUGCUGUUAGCUUCUAGUACUUUUCUCUGUGAUCUGCUGCUGCUGCUGAAAUAGGUAGUGCUUGCUGUUUUCUGCCCAAGUCUAGGACAGCAGGUUAUGGAAUAGGACAAGCUGCAGAGGAGGAGGCCCUUAAUCACUCCAUCCCUAUGAAGAAGAGUGGAGAGAGGUCUCUAACAGAACUGGGGGGGCAAGAUGUCUGUGCAUCCAAAACCCUGAUUUCCUGGAGUGAAUAUAGUGCAAUAAUACAUCGGGAGUGGUUUUAAAUGUGCUUUUGACAGUCUUGUGCCUCUCCUGUGGAAUCUAAGCUCGCUGUAUGAUAUUAUCUAGUUAUAUUUCAGUGCAAGGCUACAUUGGUUUUCACCGUUUCAGCAGAAGGACUCUGGCAUCUGAUCUAAACUAUAAAGUGCUUUGCAAGUACACUGCUAGUCUUGGGGGGAGGGCGUUCUGUCACAAGGUACUAGCAGUUCUUAAAUAAAUGUUAUCAUUGUGUAAUUAUAUGUAAUUAUCAGAUACGUUUUAGUGAAAUUACUGUAUCUGCUCAGUUAUCAUAUGAUCUUUGUUAGAAAAGAAUAAAGGUUGUUCUUGGCAAUGAUAGUCUUUUGCUGUUUCAUGAAAAUGCUUGUGGUUUGUUCCUGUUCUGAGCUCAGAUACCAUGAUAUGGGUGGAUUAGAAGGGGAUGAAGGGUUACGAUGGAACAGUAGAUGCAGAACUCUACUUUUAGCAGGCUCACACGUGUAAAAGUAAGGAACCAACCACACAUAGGCCUGUAAGGCCCCCCCCAGCAAUAACUGUAAUAGGUCUAUCAUUUUCAGACACUUUCAUUUGACAUUAGGGAAUAGA